AUGGUAACUCGAAACCAUCUCACCUACAUAUGCGAAAGAUGGCGAUUGUUUUGUGGACUGCGACGACAAAUAGGACUGCUUAUGUUCCUGCUUCUCGUGGUUAACAUGGUAGGUGGUCAGAUACGUUAUUCUAUACCAGAGGAGAUGAAGAAAGGCUCUGUCAUUGGCAAUGUAGCACACGAUCUUGGUCUGGAUUUGAAAAGACUCCGCUCUGGGCGGGCCCGUAUCGUGACCGGAGAAAACAUCCAGUACACCGAGCUGAAGACAGACAAAGGGAUUCUAGUCGUGAAUGAGAGAAUAGACCGAGAGCAACUCUGUGGGGACGUAACACCGUGUAGCUUCAGCUUUGAGGUCAUUUUAGAAAAUCCUAUAGAAUUGCAUAGAAUUACAAUAAUGAUCCAGGACCAGAACGACAACCCGCCUCAGGUUUUGUAUCCAGUCCAGACUGGUGGCUCUCUGGUGGCUGAAAUGGUUCCUCGUUCAGCAGAUGUGGGCUAUCUGGUGACUAAAGUGGUGGCUGUGGAUGUGGACUCUGGACAGAAUGCCUGGCUCUCCUAUAAACUGCAGAAAGCCACAGACAGGGCGCUGUUUGAAGUGGGCUUACAGAAUGGAGAAAUAAGAACUAUCCGCCAGGUGACUGAUAAAGAUGCUGUGAAACAAAGACUGACUGUUAUAGUGGAGGACAACGGGCAGCCCUCUCGUUCAGCUACAGUCAUUGUUAACGUGGCGGUGGCGGACAGCUUCCCUGAAGUGCUGUCAGAGUUCACUGACUUUACACACGACAAGGAGUACAAUGACAACCUGACUUUUUACUUAGUGUUGGCUCUGGCUGUAGUUUCCUUCCUCUUCAUCACGUGUUUAGUGGUUAUUAUAUCAGUGAAAAUCUACAGAUGGAGACAGUCUCGCAUCCUGUAUCACUCCAAUCUCCCUGUGAUUCCAUAUUAUCCACCACGUUACUCAGACACUUUGGGGACAGGGACUCUCCAACACGUGUACAAUUACGAGGUGUGCAGGACGACUGACUCCAGAAAGAGUGACUGUAAGUUCGGCAGAGCUGGUAGUCAGAACGUGCUGAUAAUGGACCCCAGUUCUACAGGGACAAUGCAGCGUAUACAGAGUGAAAAGAGCAUCCUGGAUGAACCAGACUCUCCUUUAGAGGUGAGUUGGUUAAUUUAG